GCCUUUAUGGACCUGCCUCAGCCUGGCCUGCACAAGCUUGAUGCCUUAGAAAGAGAUAUCACCCAUCAAAGAGACAUUUGCCUCCGAACUGACUCAGAGCCCAUCGUCCCCUGCCGGCUGUCCCUCUACAGCUCAAACCCGAGCCUGUCUCAGCCUGGCUUCGUGCACGGAGCACAGCCCAUGGUGUGGAGCCCACUGACUGCCUUGCUCUCUCUCCUUGGCCUGCUGAGGAAAUCCCAGGGCCUGCAGCUGACAUGGGGAAGGUCUGGGAAAAAUCUCCCUGCUUUUGGGGGGGCGGGGGCGGGGGAUGAGCCUCUGCUGAUGAGGACCUCUGGAGAUUGGGUAGGUCGCUCUAGACCAGUUCAGACGCUCCUGGCGCAGCGUGGAGAGGAUUUGUGCAAACAUUUCUUCUCUGGACAAAGAGGAAUGCAAGAGGCCGCCUAUGGUAGAUGGUGGACUGCUGGAGAGAUGCGCCCGCACUUGUGAAAGUGCAUGAGGAUGAGGGAGCCAGAACUGAGCAGGGCGAGGCCUGGGAGGGGAGUGGGACCCCUGGCCGCGGGCCCUGAGCUGCCCAUGGGCAGCCCUGCCCCCUCCCCUAGGAAGACCUUGCUCCGGACCCCUGGGAGGCCCUUCCUCACCCUGGUGCUGCUGGUUUCCAUCAAGCAAGUUUCAGGAUCUCUUCUCGAGGAGACAACCCGUAAAUGGGCUCUGUACAAACAGGAGUGUCUGCGAGACUUACUCAAGAAACCCUCUGGUGUAUUUUGUAAUGGGACAUUUGAUCAAUAUGUGUGCUGGCCUCAUUCUUCUCCUGGAAAUGUCUCCGUGCCCUGCCCUUCAUACCUACCUUGGUGGAAUGAAGAGAGCUCAGGAAGGGCCUACAGAUACUGCUUGGCGCAGGGAACUUGGCAGACGCAAGAGAACGCCACAGAUAUUUGGCAGGAUGACUCUGAAUGCUCUGAGAACCACAGCUUCAAGCAAAACGUGGAUCAUUACUCCUUGCUGUCAACCCUGCAGCUGAUGUACACCGUGGGAUACUCCUUCUCUCUGAUCUCCCUCUUCCUGGCUCUCGCCCUCCUCUUGUGUCUCCGAAGACUUCACUGCACACGCAACUACAUCCACAUGAACUUGUUUGCUUCUUUCAUCCUGAGAGCCAUGGCUGUACUGGUGAAGGACAUCGUCUUCUACAAUUCUUACUCCAAGAGGCCGGACAGUGAGGAUGGGUGGAUGUCCUACCUGUCAGAGAUAUCAACCUCCUGCCGCUCAGUCCAGGUUCUCCUGCACUACUUCGUGGGUGCCAAUCACUUAUGGCUGCUGGUUGAAGGCCUUUACCUGCACGCCCUGCUGGAGCCCACAGUGCUUCCCAAGAGGCAGCUAUGGCCCAGAUACCUGCUGGUGGGUUGGGCCUUCCCUGUGCUAUUUGUUGUCCCCUGGGGUAUUGCCCGUGCACACCUGGAGAACACAGGGUGCUGGGCAACAAAUGGGAAUAAGACAAUCUGGUGGAUCAUCCGAGGACCCAUGCUGCUUUGCAUAACAGUCAAUUUCUUCAUCUUCCUGAAAAUUCUCAAGCUUCUCAUUUCUAAGCUCAAAGCCCAUCAAAUGUGCUUCAGAGAUUAUAAAUACAGAUUGGCAAAAUCAACGCUUGUCCUCAUCCCUUUAUUGGGUGUUCACGAGAUUCUCUUCUCCUUCAUCACUGAUGAUCAAGUACAAGGAUUUUCAAAACUUAUACGACUUUUCAUUCAGUUGACACUGAGCUCCUUCCAUGGAUUCCUAGUGGCCUUGCAGUAUGGCUUUGCCAAUGGGGAGGUGAAGGCUGAGCUUCGGAAGCAUUGGGUCCGCUUCUUGCUGGCCCGCCACUCAGGCUGCAGAGCCUGUGGCCUGGGUAAGAACUUCCGGUUCCCGGGCAAAUGUCCCAAGAAGCUCUCGGAGGGAGACAGCGCUGAGAAGCUUCAGAAGCUGCAGCCCUCACUUAACAGUGGACAGCUCCUGCACCUGGCCAUGAGGGGGCUCGGGGAGCUGGGUGCCCGGCCCCACCAGGGCCAUGCACCCUGGCCCCGGGGCAGCAGCCUGUCCGAAUGCAGCGAAGGGGACGUCACCCUGGCCAACACCAUGGAGGAGAUACUGGAAGAGAGUGAGAUCUAGGGUGGAGCCCCUGCUCUGGCUCUGCGCCUGGUGACUUCUGAGAGGGCUGAGGAAAGGGGAGGCAAGGCAGGAUGGAUGUUACCAAGCUCAGAAUUGUUCCCUUCCUGUUUCACCAUGCCACUUGACAGGAAGUCUAUUUCAAGGUCCUCAAGCUCUGUGUAAUGCUCAUACCUUCUGCUUGCCCUUGUCACCCUAAUAACCCCCACCAGAAUGACUAUGAGACCCUGGGGCCUGGCCUGAAAUUCAAACAAGUGGACCCCGCCAUGAAGACAGAGGUCUCCCAUUACCAGUGUCUCUUCCUUUACCUUCAUGGUCCACAGUUUCCAGCUGGGGUUGGGUUUAGGGUGCAUGAGCAUUACCUAGGAAGACUCAUGGCCAAGACUCUAGGAGAGUGAGUCUGGGCUGGGGCUGGGAAUUGGGACUGUUUAACAAGCAUCCCAGGUGACGCUGAUGCAAGCCCAGCCUGGAAAACACUGGGCAAGCUGGGAGGGAGUGAGAAGUGCCCCCGACGGGGCCUAUGUCCGGGUCAAGUGAGAGGUGUUCUGCAUUCCCAGCUCUGCUGUGAUGCACCCUGCCCACCCUGGACUGUGUGUCACCCACCAGAACCCCCUCCUCUCUUAAUCCUCUGUGCUUUCCUGUCCAGCCUUGCCUCUCUCUCUCUGCCUCAGUUCUCUGUCCGGAGUCCACAGAAGUUGUUUCAUCUGUACUAACCCCAUCCUUGCUCUGAGGAUUGGCCCCAGGGCCCCAGGGACCCUCUAAAUGUUGUCCUGGGUUCUUUCCUCUCUUUUUGGCUCCAUCUGCCUUUCUGGGCUUGGCUUCUACAAGCCUGACCUGCUCCGCCAUUCCCUUGGGACAAGGAAUGUCCCUGCCAUUUUCGAUUUGCCACCAAUGUGUUGAUGAUAACACCUUCUACCCUGGGAGGUCUAUGCGGAUGAGAAUUCUCCUCCCUGGAUGGGAAAGGAUGCUGAAAGCCGGAGGUGAAGUAACGGGACUCUGGCUAAAUCUGGACACGCUCAGGGUAGCACUGAAAGACCCAGGGCUCUGCAGCAGCUGGGCUGUGGGACCUGUCCUACUGAUGGGCGUUCUGAGUCUCGUGGCAGCCCUUGACCUCUGGAGGUGGAGGAGGGCUGGGGCAAUUGGGGUCAGGUUCAAAGACUGAAGUUAUAAGGUGAGAGGCUGAAGGAAGAACAGGGGAGGAACAUCCAAUGGAAACAGUGUGUUAGAACCCAGGAGUGUCACUUUCCCAGUGUGUAAAAUGCAUGUGGACAUGGGUGGAGUAUGUUGCCAUGAGAGUGAAUAUGUACUACCUUAUCUGGGGGGGGGGUGGCGAUAUUACACUUCUGAAGUAGGGCUGCCAUAUUUAGCAAGUAAAUACAACAGAUUAAAUUCAAAUGUCGGAUAAGCAAUCUUGUGUAAGUGUAUCCCAUGGAACGAUUUAAUAUGACAUCCUAAUUUAAUCACACAUCCUGUCUUUUAGCAGCAUCUCUGUGUUCAAGGAUACUUUUCAGUGGGGCUGGGAGAAGGGUGAGGCAACUAAGGUUUUCACCUCUAAAAAUACUCAGUGAGCAAAAUAAAUCGUAUUUCAGUGAAUAUUCUAAAAAGUUACAUCCACAAACUCCAGCCCACAAAUCCUUUACAGAAAUAAAAUUUUACUGGAACCAGAGCUCAAAUACAGGUGAGACAAGUGAGGCCAGCUCAUGCAAGUCCAGACUCCCGGGCUGACCUCAUCUAAAAUGUUGGUAUUUUGUUCAUCAAGCAAGGAUUUUAAAUGAUUGCAUGGAAAUAUGAUUUAUCUUGACCACUGGGCCUUUUGGUGUCCCCUUAAAUUUUGUACUGUGGUGAAUGCCUCCCAGCCUUGGUUUGCAAGAUGGAGAUGGAAGCCAAGUUUUCCAUCCUUUCAUUUCCUAAUGAAGUGCAUGCUGCAAGUGCGCAGUGAAACAUAGAUUUAUUGACUCGGUGCCUGUGGCUCAAGCAGCUAAGGCGCCAGCCACAUACACCUGAGCUGGCGGGUUCGAAUCCAGCCUGGGUCCGCCAAACAACAAUGGCGGCUGCAACCAAAAAAUAGCCAGGCGUUGUGGCGGGCGCCUGUAGUCACAGCUACCUGGGAUGCGGAGGCAGGAGACUGGCUUGAGCUCAGGAGUUGGAGGUUGCUGUGAGCUGUGAUGCUACAGCACUCUAUCCAGGGCAACAGCUUGAGGCUCUGUCUCAAAAAAAAAAAGAAAAGAAACAGAUUUAUUGUUUGCUGUCCAAAUUAUCCAUAGUUUAUUCAUUCAAAUACUAUGUCCUUCUAAUGUUCCCUUUUCUGCAAAUGCCCCUGCCUCAGCUCAUCAGCCUGAGGGUUCCUAGAAAGCUGGGGCCACCUGUAUUCCUGGCACAGACCCAGCGCAGUGCUGUUCACACUAGCUACACGGCACACGUUCCUCAAAUGAGAUGGCACAGGAAUGUCUCUGAGGAGCCUCUAAUGCUGCUGGGAUAAGUGAUCUAGGAUCUUGCCCUCAUUAGGCGAAACAUGUUUUGGGGUUUUUUUUUUCGCCAAAGCAUUUUUUAAUACGCCCUCCACAUCUCAUCCCACACACUGCUUGCUCUU